CAAACGACUUCACAUUUCGACAGGUACCACACGAAAAAUGAAUGGGAGUAUCAAAAGAGCCCACAAAAGCCGGCUGGGGGAAUUUAAAACCGAUGAUAAGAUUGUGCUAAUCCACUCGGUGCAGUCUAAGCCAAUACUUUGGGAUACAAACCACGAGCGGCACUUCCAUGGGCCACUUUUGAAAAAGGCUUGGGAAAGAGUGGCUGCAGAGGUAAAUAGAGAUGUUAAGAGCUGCAAGGCUGCCUGGAAGUCCCUGAGAGACAGCUAUAAGUAUUAUCGCAACACAAGAAAGUCGAAAAGUGGAAAUUCCCAAGAAGAUGAGGACUACGUGGAGUGGAAAUUUGCUGAAUACAUGGCCUUCUUGCCAGGCUCAACUACAUUACAACGGACCCGAAGCUCUACAUAUGCUCCAGAUGAGACGGAGGCCGCACAAGAUCAAGAUCAGUAUGAGGAACUGGAACUGAAGUUCUCGGAUCAACCGGAUUUCUUGGACUCAAAGUUAAUGGGGUCCGAUGGUGGAGACAGUAUCCCAGGAGAAGUCGAGAACGGGCUUAACAACGAUUUAGUCGACAACGAACUAAGUGACUCCUUGCACACAUAUGAGGAAAAUUGGCCUUCUAAAAGAAAAAGGUUUGAUCCGCCAUCGUCACCUUCACCAUCUCCAACACCUGCCACAAAAAUGUGCGACAUGUUAAGCAAAUUCCUUCAGAGCGAGAAUAAGGCUGCUCCGAGGAGACCCAUUUUUGGCUACUGGGAAUCGCUGCUUGAUAAAAUGCCUCCAGAGUUCGCUGAUGUGGUUGAGCAAAAAAUGACUAAGGUUCUUUGGGCCGAACAGGAUGCAUUUAAAUCUCAAGAGCAACAAAGAUAAGACCUAAUUCAUCUGUUUUAAGUGCCUAAUAUAUAAUCUUAACGAAGUGAAAGACUAUUUUUUCCCCAUUUAGCUUUUCCGUCGCAUUCAGACUGCUAUUGUGUUUCUAAGUUCCUAAAAACCAUUUCUUGCCGUUUUUAAUUCUAAUGACCUUAUUUGAAUAUACACAAAAAAUUAAACCAUUCCGAAAUAAAAUUAAUAUUUUAUAUCACA